AUGUCAUCAGAGUAUAACAAGGUCAAUGCAUUGGCAUCAGUAUAUGCCAUGCGUGAACUUUACAAAAACACAUUGGAAGCGUAUAUCGAGUCUGGGCCAGAGGAAUGGGCUGAGCACCUUUUCAAAAGCCUUUCGACCAAUGCACACGCUAUGCGACAUGUUGUCAACACACCUAUUCAAAGUGGAGAGAAUAUACUCAACAAGUUCUGCAACAUCCUUCAUUGUUUGGACCCUGAAGGACCUUGGGUAGAGAAAUUUUUUGAUGCAAUUAUCACCUUUGCUAUCCAGGCUAAUCUCUCUAACCCUGAAAGUGUGCAACAAGACCUUGAAGACGCGAAAAUAAAACAAUCUUGGCUGGAGGAUGGAUUGAAAGACCUCAUUCAGAAGGUCCUCAGCAACGACCCAAGCCUCCCUUCAAAUGUCACCAAUGAGCUUCGAGAAGACCUAACAAACUUGAUGAAACAGGAGGGCAUAGACCAGAAUCAGAAUGCGGAGCUACUUUCAAAACUGGUUGCUGAAGAAUAUGCCGCCAUGGUCGUGAAUUUAAGCAUGCACCUAAGCUACCUUGGUCAAGCAAUAAAAUCGAUCUCUUCCACAUGUGGCUGGAAAUUUGCAACUACAUGCGUGAAUAAAGUCAUCGGCUGGAUUGGCAAAAAGACUGCGGUCUUCCUUAAGGGAGCAAUGAUAAUGGUGGUGGCGGGCUUAUUCAUCUUCAGUGCUCAGGCUACAUUCUCCAAGUGGUCAACACUCACAGGGGCGGAGCGAGCAGCAGUCAUCAGUGAGACUAUCAUCUUCGUCACCACCAUCGUCUCUCCGGUAAUGGGGACCUUCAAGACUGUCAAAAAAUGGUUUGCAAAGGACACGGAGACAACUGGCGACCUGACCACACAAGAAAGUGCGUCAGCAACGGCCCUGGAUGAGUCCCAAGAAAUUACGAUGAAUUCGGAAACGGGAGUCAAGGCUAUGGAGAACAUCAGCAGUGCCGGGGGUGAAGAGUUGCGGGAGUCGUACGCUGAGUUGGUUACUGAUGGGCAGCCCACGGCGAGUUCAGAAAUUGCAGAAAACACUAUCCAGAGUCUGGAGCCAGAGCAGCCCAUCACUGCCAUAAAUCCUCCGCCAAAUGUGCCCCCCUCAGCGAAACCACAGUGGCGGAAGUACCUUACCAGCGAUACUGUGAUUAGAUCCAUCAACGUCUGCGCAGAGAUUGCCUUCACUGUCUCGUCGGCUAUUAUUCUGGCCAAAAACUGGGAUAACUUGAAGGACGUGGGUAAAGCUCUCAACGUCAUCCAGGUGGUAACACAAGGGCUGCAAGUUCUGGUCGACGCCAGUAUCCUGGUGACGGAUGCGAUGGUCACUGCCGGUAUGGUCGCUGCAGAUGGUGCCAUGGUCGUAGCAUUACCAGUGGUUGGCGCAGUUCUAGCCAUAAUCGGAAUUGUUGUCAUGCUGGUACUUGCAUUCCUCGAUGCCACAAAACACAAAGAGCCUCCCCCAACUCCAGUUGAGAAGUACCUGGACAGGGAACGCCCACGGGUGGAUUCUGACUUGGAUACUCCUCCUCAAAUCCAACUGCAUUACACCAUACCGGGAGAACUCCGCGCCGGCUCUAAAGCCCCCCUGGUUAUGGCCGCAGAAAAUAGAACUUCGAAGACCAUCGAACUGGCUAAUGUGGCCGUGGUUGUGGAAGUUGGUGACGAUGACGCUGCGCUGUUUUCAGGCCCGGUAUCCGACUGGAAAAUGGCAGCAUCUGAGAUCGAAUUAUCAGCGCUUGAACAAGGUACAGCGGGGGUAAGCCCCAGCUCGCUGACCACUGGCAACAUCAUUUCUCAGACCAUAGACAACAACCACCACUUGACCGAAUACAAUUUGCGAAUUCUGGGACCCGGAAAGGACGGAGCAAGCACUCCGCUCACUUUGGAGAAAGGGAAGAGUAUACAGUUUGGCUUAUCGGGGACCAUUAACAAGACCAAAUCCGUGGUCUUGAAGGUUAUGGAGAACCAGAGAAACGGGGAUAAAUGCCGCAGCAUGCAUCGGAUUGCGAUUGAAUAA